GCAGACUGAGUUGAUGCGUGUUGCGUGUGUACAUGUGAGUUUGUUGUCGGAGUGUGUUGUGUGACACGAUUUACGUUUUGAUCGUUGCCCCUGCGGAGCGUUCGAGCUGUCAUUGAGUCGUAUUAGAAUCUUUCGGACUUGCAAUUGCAGUCUGUUUAGAUGUUAGGUUCCAAAACAAAGCCCAGCUUUAUCUUCUCUGUCUUCGCGAUGUUUUGCUAUUUUUUGUCCUACCUUGCAACACGCCACUCUUGACGCUGGGAAAAUCCGAAGAACGUCAUGAUUUCAGCUUAUUAACCUUCGCGUUGAGUGAAUGAAGAUUUCAUUUUAAUAUCUUGGUGCAAUUUUUAAUUUUUUCAGUAUGAAUAUUAAUGCUGAUCAUAUUGAAAAAAUGAAUCGCGAGGAAGAUAAUACUUCACCAACACCAUCUUCGUCGACGAAUGGAGAUGACAGCUCUGAAAGCAGAACUGUUGUUCCUCUUACGUUAAGAUCUAUUGAAAAUUCAUUACAAAUUCCUAAGACAAUAGAUCAACACGAGAUUCAAGAGUUGAUAGAAAAAUGUAAGGAAAUGGUAUUGGAAAGUGCAGAAUGUUCAGAAGAAAGAAAAUGGCUAGUCAGACGUUUGAUAGAACUGCGACUCAGGGUUCAGGAACUUCGUGAAACUUCUAUUGAAAAAGCAGUAGAAACAUGUGUCGUUUUAGGUCACCAUUUUAAGCCACAAAAAUUGUACAUCACAACUUCUAGUCCAGUUUAUUGUGAUCACUGCAGUGCUGGUAUAUGGACCAUGUUGCAAUCAUGGUAUAUGUGUAAUGAUUGCGGCUAUUCUUGUCACAUGAAGUGUAUGUCAAAUAUACGUAGAGUAUGUGUUCAUGUCAUUGCUAGCGAAGCAGGUGGAUAUAAAUAUACAAAAGAUAUUUGUCCUGAAAAAGGAUUGUCUGCUCAAGCAUACAGGUGUGCUGAAUGUAAUUCCAAAAUAACUUUCACUGUCUCGAGAGGAUUAUUUUUUUCAUGUUUUGCCAGUCCUUUUAAAUUCGCAGAAGGAGGUUGGAUAGAACCUAGGCUUUGUGACUAUAGUGGUUUAUAUUAUUGCUAUCGCUGUCAUUGGAAUUCUUCAAUUACAAUACCUGCACGAGUUAUUCGAAACUGGGAUAUGGAACCAAAGCGAGUUAGUCGUGCUGCACAUCAAUUGUUAAAUUUGUUACAAUCUAAACCAGUACUACUUUUAGAAGAAUUGAAUGAAAAGUUAUUUUCUUUGAUUCCAGACUUAGCAUUGAUAAAAAGACACAGAGAAGAAAUGCAAAUGAUGAAACAGUAUUUAAUCGUGUGUCCAGAAGCAAAUAACCAAGGUUUGCCAUGGAAAACUGGUUUAAGAAAGCACAUGAUUGAAAGUUGCGGUCAUUAUUCAAUACAAGACUUAAUUGAUCUUCAAAAUGGAGCUUUACAGAUUGAAUUACAAUCUGCCUAUGAUAUCAUGAGAAAUCAUAUAACUGAAACAUGCAAUCUUUGCAAAGCAAGGGGUCAUCAUUGUGAACUUUGUGGAAAUAAUGAAAUAAUUUAUCCAUGGGAUACAACUGCUCUGAUGUGUAAUGUAUGUUCAACUGUUUAUCAUAGAAAGUGUAAAUCAAAACAAAACCAUUGUUGCCCUAAAUGUUUAAGACGAGAAAAAAGACAAUUAACUCCUAACAAAGUGCAAUAAUAAUAAUAACAAAUUUAAAUAGUUUUUAUCAAAAACAAAAUGUUAUACAAUUAUGCAAUAAUUUACGAAAGAGGCAACAAUUUAUAACUGAAACUUAUUUUUAUAUUAAUAUCCUGAAUGUAAAAUGUGCACAAGUUAUCAAGUCAUAUUUUAUUCUAUUAACAUUAAUUAAUUUUAAAAACAAAUGACCAAAUUUUUAAAAACUAUCUGCUUCACUGUAAAAAAGAAAAAUGUUAAACUCAAAUUGUGAAAUUCUUCGGAAAUGCAGUCUAUAGUAUAUAAUACGCCUUAUUAUAAAUGAAUUGUUAAAAUAUAUUUAUAAUCGUUAUUUUAUACUUAAAUAAAAAAAAAUAUAAUUUUUUAAAGUUAAAGAAAACUCUUACUUGAAUUAAACGAAAUAUCCUGUACUUAUUGUUCGUGAAAUUAAAGACCGAGUUUAAAUUUCAACCUGUCAGAUAAUUGCGUUUGCAUAUGAAUUGUUCACAAAUGCAAGUCGCAUGUUAG